AAAAAAAAACAGCGGAGGGAGGCAAAAGAGAAAAAAAAAACAGAAAACGAAAACCAGAAAACCUUUCAAUCAUUUCAUUCGUUCUUCUUCUUCUUCGUUGAUCUGGAAAUCAAAGUAGAGAAACUUGUAUACCAAGAGAGAAGACGAAGAAACAGAAAGCAAAUUGAAUGGCAAGAACCAACAACAAAUACACCUCCAUCAACUACAGCCAAAUCCUCCACAAAGAUCCUCCUUCUUCUCCUUAUGCCUCCUCCUCCUCCUCCUCCCCCGCUUCUUAUUCCUCCGUCGCUCGUUCCAAUGGCCGUAUGCUCGUUCUCACUAAACCUACCCCUAAGCCUCUGAGAUCUCCCUCCGUUUCCGCCGCCGCCACCAUCACCACCACCCCUCCAGCUCCGAGGAUUCCGGAUCAAGCCGUCUCUGAUCCAGAUCCCAAUCAGAUCUCUCUUCGUCCCUUAGGUCAUACCGGACCUGGCUCCUCGCUUUCAUUUCCAGUUCGAACACAGGAAAUCGAGAAGGUCCAAGAGGUGCCUGUGCAUGCUCCGGCUCCGAUUUCUCUGUCCCCGAAACCUGAUCGAUUCGUGCCGCCGCAUCUUAGGCCAGGGUUCGUUCGAAAGGAUGAGAAACCUGGACUCGACCCUUCUCGAGUUAGAGAUCCGAAUCCGAAUCAGAGAUUGGCUUACCAGGAACAGCCGCGGCAGGGACAUUUUAGGCAUGGACAGACCGGACGGCCCAAAUCGGGCGGGUAUGAGAGGAUCCGGACGGAUCCGAGAUCGGCUGGAAACCGACCCGGCACCUCCGGAUGAUGAGCUUGCUGGGUUGAUGUCCAGUUAACUCACUCGAUGAUGGAGAUGGAAACUACCUCAACUUUACAUCGUCUUCUCAAGAAAAAAUUUAAAACAAAAUGACUCUCUUUUCUUACUUCUUCUGAUUAAACCAGAGAUGAUCAAAGACCACCCCAAGAUUCAGUAGAGUUGUAGAUUUUGUUUUGGGAUCAGGGUGAUACUAUGACACAAUGCCACUUCUCUUACUUAUGGUUUCAAAACUUUGUUGUUCAUGUACCUAUAAUUCUGUUUAGCACGUGUUGUUUAGGUUUUAAUCUAUUAUGCAGAUUAAACAUCUUUUGGGGUUUAUAAGUAAAAGAUUUCCUUCUUAUGGAGAAACUUUCAGG